AUGUAUAGAACAAUAUCGCGUACCCGGUCUAGAAUCACCCCCCCCCUUCGUUUCGAGGCCAUUCCUAUGCUCGUCGAGGUCGAUCGGGCGCAAGGUAAAAGGGUCAGUGGCACAUCUGUAUGGUGACUGGUAACUUCAUAGCAUAGACGCCGCCGAAGCCUUCCAAUGAAUACCGGCAUACGGGCCCCCAUUGUGCAAUCCGAGAUAUACUUCGGUGAGUGGAUCUGGGUGCUGGUCAUGCGAUGUACUGUGGUCUACGACUGCGUAGUUUUCCUAUGUGGGUUGUUUCUAGAGGUGAGGCGAGCGCCGUCGGGUCCAACCGGUGAUCAUAACGCAAGCACCUGUGGCAAAUGGCUGACUCUAAAGCUUUAUCGUAUAUGUGGUGCGAUAGUCCAGAUGAAUAAUCUCUAAGUCAAAAGGAUAAACAGGCUAAUCAAGGCUGCAACGAACAGAGUAAAAAUACAA